UCAAGUUUGGUCCAUCCAUGAGUGGCUUCAAAUGAAUGAGUGCAGCGAGGAUGAGAUCGUCCGAAAAAUGGUGCCACCAAUGAAAGAGAAAUUUGAUAAGUAUUGGGAUGAAGGAAGCUUGACAUGAGUACACGUGAUGUGAAGUUGAAGAACUUGCGCCAGAAGCUGAGUAUUUUGUUCGAGUCUUACGACAAAAAAUCCAAGGCUAACUCACCGUCUACGGAGCCACGUGAGACGGUUCCACAAAAUGUCACUUCUGCAGGUUCCAUGGGACUGUUUGGAAACUACCAAGAAUUCUUUAAAUUUCGCAAAGUCAACGGAGCUGCUACUGGAAAGACAGCUCUAGAAGCUUAUCUUGAUGAACCUCCUUUGGACAUUGAUAGUUUAGAGAGCUUGGACAUUCUCCAAUUCUGGAAAACUAACACUCAUCGUUAUGGUGAUUUGGCUGCAAUGGCUUGUGAUCUGCUCAGCAUUCCUAUCACAACAGUGGCUUCAGAGUCCUCCUUUAGUAUUGGAUCGCGAGUUCUUAACAAAUACCGGAGCCGUUUACUCCCAAAAAAUGUGCAAGCUCUGAUAUGCACUAGGAAUUGGAUCAAAGGAUAUGAGGCUUAUGAACAUGAAGACGAAAUUGAUCCUGCAGAGGAGACAUUACCAUCUUUUGACUCCAUUGCCAAUGAAGAAAAUGAUGAUGCGGAAGUCUGAUAUUUUUCUUGAUUUGCUGUUUUGUUUUGUUUCAAUUUCUUGGAUUUGUUUGACUACAAUGCUUGGGUUUUUUUGGCUUUAUUACAUUGGUGUUUUGGUUAAGACAAUAUGAAAAUCCAAUUGCUUUUCUUUUUGUUAUCAACAAAGUGACUUUGCAAUCAUUUAAACAACACGGUUCAGCUGCACGACUAUAAUCUUACUCGAAUACACCACCAUAAUCCUAACUGCACGACUAGAGACAGAGGCAUGGUCGUAUAAAAGCCAUCCCUAGUCCUAUACACGACCAAUUCAAACAACACGGUUCAGCUGAAGUAAUGGCUCGAAGCAGAAGCAGCUUGAAGCAGCUAGAAUGGUGUUUUCUGUGACGUCCCGCGGGACAGCCCGCGAAGGCUUACACAUUUCGCGGGACGGGAUUGGUCAGCUAUUUCAGGACCGCGUCCCGCGCGGGACGGUCCCGCCGUGUACCGCCAGAAGAGAAGCCCGCAGAGGGUCGGGACGGGACGGGACGGGAGAGCCCAAUUGCCAUCCCUAC